UAUGGAAACAACGUUUAUGACGUCACAAAAUGGCGGUACAGAACAAACCUAGUAUUUGAAGAUGGAUUAUUUUCACAAUUGGACAAAAUUAUGACGUGACCAGUGACAAAAGACUAUCGCUAUGAUUUCCCGCCUGUCUGCAGGCCCACCGGGCAGACGACACUCGCUCUUCCAGCAUUCUGACAUGCGCCUGCGUCCUUCCCGUGACGAACUUCCGGACGUGUCAGAAGUGCACAGUCAAUACUCGUUCAACGACAUAGACACACGGCACCAACAGUCAUCUCAAGACCACAAGUCGACAUCUUCCGAUGACAACUCCACAUCUUCAAACAACGAGGACGUUGAUGACAUCGUGACUCUGAACGUCGGUGGCCGCAUCUUUCAGACGUAUCGAAAAACGCUGUUGCGAUUUCCAGAUAGUCGGCUUGGGUCGAUGGCUGAGAAGCCGACACGGACCAGGUUCGAUGGGAAAAGGGAGGAACUGUUCUUUGACCGGAACUCCGACAUGUUUCCAUGUAUUCUCGGAAUGUACCGUGACGGCAAACUCCACAUUCCACGUGACGCAUGCGUCAUUGGUCUGACGAAGGAGCUGGAAUUCUGGGGUCUGAGCGAGUCUUUUACGUCUGAGUGCUGUCAGAGGUACUACGAGGAUGCCAUAGGGGAGAUGCAGCUGACGGAAAUGAUGAAGGAAGAGUUUGAAAAUAUACGUCCCCGACGCAAGGUAUCAAAUCCAGCGUUCAUCGCGACCUCCAGGGGCAGAUUUUGGGAGUUCCUCGAUAAUCCCGAUUCUUCCAAGUAUGCCAAGGUAUGGUUCCUGUGCUUUUACGUGUUCCUUUUGAUCUCGGUGGCCAACAUUUUCUUCAGCACCCACCCCGGGUGUCGCGUCGCCAUCGACUCCAACUUCACAGACGACCACAAUAAUUCCUCUGGCCACCUGACCGAGUUCCUCGCAAUCCAGGCAGAAGAAAACCCCAAGAUUAAGCUUCUUCUCCACACAAGACCUCACGUUGCUAUCAUAACCCUGGAACUAUUGUGCGCGGUCUUCUUUACUGUGGAGUUCAUUCUCCGUGUCACCUACUGUCCCCACCGGAAGUUGCUGUUCCGGGGUUUCCUCACGUGGUGUGACCUCAUGUACCUUCUGCCCCUCUGGGUAGAACUGAUCACCAGUGCUGUUGACCUUGAACAGUGGCAUCAACCGUCGAUGAUUCCUGGAAAGCUAAUCCUUCAGAUUCUGAUGGUGAUGAGAGUUCUGCGAAUCUUCACUCUCGCCAAACAUUAUCGAGCACUACGGGUACUUCUUCUGUCCCUCAGGGCCAGUUUGAGGGAGGUACUUCUUCUAUUCACGUUCGUCCUCUUCGCCAUCAUCAUCUACGCCAGCCUCGUCUACUGCGCCGAGAUAUUUCGCGCAGACUCGUUCGAAUCCAUGUUUACUGGACUGUGGUGGGCUCUCAUCACUAUGACGACCGUCGGUUAUGGUGACAAGGUUCCUACGUCAUGGGCGGGCUACUUUAUUGCAUCACUGUGCGCGUUAACCGGCAUCAUCAUCAUCGGCAUGCCUGUACCCAUCAUCACCAGCAACUUCCACCUGUACUACGGCUUCAGGUCAGCAGUCGAUGACUUCGACGACGCGAAGCACCCGACCCCGAAGCCAAAACGUAUGAAGCAGCAGAUUAGACGCGGGAACAGCUGAAGGACUUCUCUGCAAAGGCAACUAUAGGACACUAGUCUUUACACGUUGUAGGUUUUAAAUCGAUGCUUUAGAUCUGAAGAAAACUAGUUGUGUAUACUGAACAAUGGCUAUAUAGCUGUGUAACAAAACAUGAUGUAAGUACGGCAACUUGUGAUAUGAAUAGUGUGUGUGUCAACCUUUAACUGAAUAUUAUUUGGGUCAUUCCCAGGAUUCCUCCUCUCCUCUGUAGGGAUUUUAUUAUUUAAAAAAACGUACUUGAUCCGCCACUUGCGCUAUCAUUUGCGGAAUUGGAGUGACGAACAGAUAUGAAAUUGGCUGGCGACAGUCGUGGAGAAGUGAGUAUUGUGAGUGGACCAUUUGUUGUUUGUAACAUUUCCGAAAGUUAAGAUGAUCCUAAUCAUUGGCUGAAAUCACUCGACAUUGUGAAUUAAGAUGUCCACAAAACAACAUAACCAUGGGGUAGUUCUCGAAACAAGUUGAUAUUUGUCUGUGAUGAACAUCCAGUGUCCCGUUUCACCAAGCUCUCGUAGCGCUACGACUAUCGUAAGUCAAUGUUACAGUAUAGGAGGUACGAAUGCUACGAGAAAAGGUACGAGAUCUUAGGCUUACGAGCGCUUUGUGAAACGGGGCCCAGGUUAUCGUAUGAAAGCAUACAACAAGCAUUUAAAUAAAGCUUCCAAGCCAGACCACUCGCCGUAGAGUCGUCGUAGUUUAUGUUGUUCCAACGUCGUGUCUGAACCCGCGAGCAUCCUGUACAUAUAAUGGCCGUAGAAAUCCUGACACUGGCUCUAUACCGCUUGCUUGUAACACUGACCACAUUGAGUAUUAGAACAGGAGUGUGUGAAUGUGUGCUCUUCAACCAGUAAUAUGCCACGAUUGUGUACACGCUGUCGUGUUGAUUUGUAAAUGAAGGUGUUGUGUGGUCGACCAAAUAUACAAUAAACACGAUUUCAUGAUUU